GGGUGAAUGCCGACCUUAUCACCGGGGGGCCAAGCCUGUUUGGGGUCCCCCGCACAGCGGCCGCAGUCGGGAUAACGACUGCCGAAUCGGUGCGAACAAUGGCGCAGUGGGUUAGGGUUCUAGCCGUACUUGGCUGCCCAUGCCGUCCGCCCGCCCCGAGUCAUCCACGACGUCUCCCGUACAACCCGGCCCCGUGUCAACUGAUCCGAUCACCGCAGCCAAGUGCACCGUUGAUCUUUUGAAUCAUUUGAAUAUUCAAGCUACUAGUCAAUCCGUGGGGAACAGUAAGCUCAAAGCAAAAUGGGAAGCACCCUUAUAGCAACAUCGGGCGCGGACUUCUCCGCGCCCCCCGUUCAGGUCACAUUCGAUGGCCUCCUGUUCGACAUGGAUGGCACCAUCAUUGACUCUACCGCUGCUGUUGAGAAGCACUGGGAGGCCAUCGGUAAGGAGAUCGGGCACUCGCCCGAGGUCAUCCUCCAGACCUCCCAUGGCAGAAGAACCAUUGAUAUGCUCAAAGAACUUGCCCCGGAAAAGGCAACUUGGGAGUACGUUCAGCACAUGGAGGGUCUUCUCCCUAAGAAAUAUGGCGACGACGCGGUUGAGAUCCCCGGUGCCCGCGCCCUUCUUCAGGACUUGAUUGAUCGAAAGAAGCCGUGGGCCAUCGUUACUUCAGGUACCAAGCCGCUUGUUUCUGGGUGGCUAGACGUCCUCUCCCUCCCCCACCCGCAACACCUCAUCACCGCCGAAUCCGUGCUCAACGGCAAGCCCGAUCCCGCCUGCUACCUGCUAGGCCGCGACCGGCUCGAACUCUCUUACCCGGGCAACGCCGAGGUCCUGGUGCUGGAGGACGCACCCGCGGGAAUCCGCGCCGGGAAAGCGGCCGGGUGCAAGGUCGUUGGCUUGGUCACCAGUCACACGGUUGAGCAGGUGCUGGAGGCGGGACCGGAUUGGGUGGUGAGGGAUUUGAGGAGUGUUAGGUUUGUGCCUGUGCCGGAGGAGGGUAGUGAAGAAAGAAAGGUUACUUUGGAGAUUAGGGAUGCUUUGGUUUUGAAGAAUUAGAACUAGACUAGAGUUUGGGAACAUGGGUGGU